ACUCAAACGUUACUACAGCUUCAAAUCGAACUUUUAUCACCUGUACGCUCAGCUCUCUUCGCGCGUACAUCGCGAUGGCUUCGGGAAGCCCAGACGACUCUGGCAGGCAAGCUGCCCUUCCCUGGACACCUGACGUGUCCGAGAGUGCAACCGAAGCUCUCCAAGCAUUGGAUACUUACAAGAAGAAGGAUCCAUCUAAAGUGGUGGUUCGCUUCAAGGCGGUCGGUAACGCACCAAUCAUGAGGCAGAACUUUUAUAAGAUUACCGCCUCCAACCGUUUCCAGGCAGUGAUACAGUUUUUGAGGAAGGAGCUGGGCUGGAAAGCCGGAGAUCCACUGUUCACAUACAUCAAUCUCGCAUUUUCUCCCGCUCCCGACGACACAGUAUCAAAUCUCUACAAGUCAUUCGCUACGGAAGGACAUCUGAUAGUCAACUACAGUACGACGGCGGCAUGGGGGUAACAACACUCUUGCUAAACAGUGUAUAUAUAUAUAUUCGCACAGUUGUGUCACCGUUCAACAUUAUACUUGUCACAAGUUAAUACAAACUCUUCGUUCGUUAUGUCUGUUCCAGAA